AUGCUGCGACGUAGCGCUAGGGCAGCGGAUAGCUUCAAGGAACACUAUCACCGUGUUCAUCUCCCGAGGCGGUUGGCGUUGCAGCGUUACAUUCGCCAGCAGACACUCCGAGGACAGGUAAAGACGGAGCUGGAGGUGCCGUACAGGUACAACCGCUGGUGGGUCAAUGCCGAUCACGAGUUUGUGCACCAACACGCCUAUGUGGAGGACCCAGAGGUCACGAAGGCCAAACGUGAGGUGCUGCCACCCGUAACGAAGGAAAACAUUUGGAAGGAGCCACAAAAAACGUUUUUCACACCGUUUGCGCCCUACAUUCGUGUCGUAGACUACCCAAAGGAUCCAGAUGCGAAGUUUAUGAAACCGGUGAAUGUUCCCCGUUGGAAAGAUUACAUGCAGCGCACAAAACCUGUAGUACCGCGGACGUGGUACUAA